GCGCAGCGCAACUUUGCGAGGCGGCAGCGGCGGCGAGCGCGAGACGAGGCCCCGGGGCCCGAGCGGGGCCCCCAGUGCGCGGCCCGCCUCCGCCCCCCGCCCGGCUCCCUCCCCUCGCGCGCCGUAGCCAGCGCCCGGCGCUGCCCACUCGCGGGAGCCCCCGGGGCCGGACGGGCUGUGCAGCGGAGAGGCGGGGGCCCGACGCGGCCCCCCCUCCCCCCAGAGCCGGGCGCCUGGCGCGGGGGCUCGCCGAGCGCACGGGGGGCCGCGCGGCGCUGCAGACCCAGCCUCCCGCCGCCGCCGCCGCCGCCGCCGCCGCCGCCGCCGCCUCGGCGCUUGCAGAACCCAGAAGUGAACAGCAGGCGACCCGGAAGGUUUGCGCGCGGCUCCGCACCGAGCCGGAGCCCGAGCCCGAGCCCGAGCCCGGAGUCUGAGCCGGAGCCCCAGCCCGGCCCUCCUCGGGCCGCCGGGCGCGGGGCUGCGGCCGCGUCCCGGAGGCGCCGCCAGCACAGCCAGGUGCUGUUGGGAACACAGAGGAAGUGACUGGCUGGGGGUUCAGGGAAAGCUCCGUAGAAGAGGGAACACUUGAGCUGGGUCUUGAAGGAUGAGUAGAAGUUCACCAAGUGGGAAAGGACACUCUAGGCAAAGAAGUUGGAGGGGUAUGGAGCAAUCAGGGAGAACUCCAGGCAGGAAGUACUCCCACAUUGGGCUGAUGGCCGAGCCUCGAUUUAACAACCCCUACUUCUGGCCCCCUCCUCCCACCAUGCCCAGCCAGCUGGACAACCUGGUUCUGAUUAACAAGAUCAAGGAGCAGCUGAUGGCGGAGAAGAUCCGGCCGCCUCACCUGCCGCCCACGUCGGCCUCGUCGCAGCAGCCUUUGCUAGUGCCUCCCGCGCCUGCCGAGAGUAGCCAGGCAGUCAUGUCGCUGCCCAAACUGCAGCAGGUGCCUGGGCUGCACCCGCAGGCGGUGCCGCAGCCAGACGUGGCGCUGCAUGCGCGGCCGGCCACCAGCACUGUUUCAGGUCUGGGGCUCUCUUCCCGGACCCCGGCUGUGAGCACAUCCGAGUCAAGUGCGGGCACAGGCACGGGCACCAGCACCCCAUCCACACCCACCACCACCAGCCAGAGCCGCCUCAUCGCCUCGUCCCCCACCCUCAUCUCAGGGAUCACCAGCCCCCCCCUCCUGGACUCCAUCAAGACAAUCCAGGGCCAUGGCCUGCUUGGCCCCCCCAAGUCCGAACGCGGCCGCAAAAAGAUCAAGGCGGAGAACCCGGGGGGUCCGCCUGUCCUAGUAGUCCCCUACCCUAUCCUGGCCUCGGGCGAGACUGCCAAGGAGGGCAAGACGUACAGGUGUAAGGUAUGCCCGCUGACCUUUUUCACCAAGUCGGAGAUGCAGAUCCACUCCAAGUCGCACACAGAGGCCAAGCCCCACAAGUGCCCGCACUGCUCCAAGUCCUUUGCCAACGCCUCCUACCUGGCCCAGCACCUGCGCAUCCACCUGGGCGUCAAGCCCUACCACUGCUCCUACUGUGAUAAGUCCUUCCGACAGCUCUCCCACCUCCAGCAGCAUACCAGAAUCCACACAGGCGACAGACCCUACAAGUGCCCACAUCCUGGCUGCGAAAAGGCUUUCACUCAGCUGUCCAACCUCCAGUCUCACCAGCGCCAGCACAACAAGGACAAGCCCUACAAGUGUCCCAACUGCUACCGGGCCUACUCGGACUCCGCCUCCCUGCAGAUCCACCUCUCAGCCCACGCCAUCAAGCAUGCCAAGGCCUACUGCUGCAGCAUGUGUGGGCGGGCCUACACCUCGGAGACCUACCUGAUGAAGCACAUGUCCAAACACACGGUGGUGGAACACCUGGUGAGCCAUCACUCGCCCCAGAGGACGGAGUCCCCCGGCAUCCCGGUGCGAAUCUCUCUCAUCUGAGCCCACUGGAGGCGCCGCCCCGCCCGGCCCACUGGCAAACACCAACCCAGGCAGCACCAGGCCCUGACUCCCUCCAGGGGCCCUCCAGGAACCGCCAAGCUCUCUCACGACCUUCCCAACCUUCCAGAAAGCUUGGUCCACAGACGCCCUGCCUGGUCCAGCUGUGGGGGCGGCCAGGCCAACCAACUGCAAGAUUCUGGACUGUUUUGGUAGCAGCCAAAGACGAUCUCAGAGCACUUUG